GCGCUCCCACCCUCGGCUCCUCUAUUCGCUCACUGCGCUCUCAUCCUCGGUGCGGCUUGUGUCUCUGCCUACUCCUGUGCGUAAGAGCGCACAGAUGGAUAUGUAAAGUGAUGCACUCCUGAAAAACGCGAAAUCUGAGCCUGCCAAAGCCUUUCUGGGGAAGACGUAUAGAUGUGCAGCAGAGAGAGCAGCCAGUCAGAUUAACUUCAGUCCAGUUUCUUUCUUUUUUUUCCCUGCCCGUUUUUAUUUUGGAUGAUGCUAUGUGAGUAAAGAUGUCCAUCUGCGCGGAUGACGGUGCGUUGCCAUUCGGAUGUAUGUUCCUGGACUUUCCAGCAUAUCAUGACCGUGCGCCUUUGUUCCUCUCUCCAAGUCUUUUCCUUUCUGCGUGAAGUUGACCGGAGGCACAAUGAGAGGGAAAUACUUUCUCCUCGGCUUCUUGUUGCUCAAACUUAUGGCUCUCGUGUGCAAGGCUGACGGGGAGCCAGGACUGCUCGGCGGAUUCGUUAUGAUCACCACCUCCAACGGCUCCAGGGAGGAGGAGAGCGUGUCCGAGGUGACCCCACACACGGAGGACAAAUGUCGGGGUUACUACGACGUGAUGGGGCAGUGGGACCCGCCGUUCAUCUGCAAAACGGGCAAUUAUCUGUACUGCUGCGGCACCUGUGGCUUCCGCUUCUGCUGCUCCUUCAAGCACUCGCGGCUCGACCAGAGCACCUGUAAAAAUUAUGACACUCCGGUGUGGAUGAAGACCGGGCAGACCCCCUACAAAAAGAUGAACAAGAUUCACGACAGCACCAAAGACAAGACGAACUUAAUAGUUUACAUCAUUUGUGGAGUAGUGGCCAUCAUGGCUCUUGUUGGGAUUUUCACCAAACUGGGGCUGGAAAAAGCGCACCGGCCUCAGAGAGAGAACAUGUCCAGGGCCGUCGCCAGUGUGUUGCAGGGCGGGUGUCCAGGUGAGCAGUAUCGGGGGGAGGAGGCCCUUGGGAUGCAUUCGCAGCACUUUGUUUCCAGGGCCACAAACCUGCAGGGUGGCCAGAUUAAUAACAACGUGGGACCAGGGUCAAACAUGGGCCAUCAGCACCCUUAUCCUGCCCUCAGCCAGCUGGCUCAUGUCUACGAACAGCAGCAGCAGCAGCAGCAGCAGCAACAGCAGCAGCAGAACAAGGAUCUCAACAAGUAUGCCUCUCUGAAGGCUGUAGCUGCCAAGUACAAUGGUGAACUCUACAACAAGCGUCGACUGAUGGUAGAGCUGCCAGCGAAAGGUGGCCUACCUCUCCAGCCUAUGGGCAACUCCAGACCCUCCAUGGGCAACAUGUCGUCAAUGACUGCGCCAAUGACCACCAACCCCAUGGCUUCAAACCCUAUGACUUCCAAUCCCAUGAAUCCCACCAUCACCCAGAUGACUUCAAUGACGCAAAUGACGUCUAUGACUCCAAUGACAUCUAUGACACCCAUGACCUCUUUGACACCUAUGACCUCGCUCGCCCCGAUGACCUCCAUGACUCCUAUGACCUCCUUGGGUCCACUGACUCCAGAGCCGGUGGCCACCUAUGUCACUGAGAUGCCCACCAUCUCCUCUGUCUCAACCCUCCCAACAGAACGGCAUUUAGCCGGUGCAGGAGGAGGGGGACUCAAGCCAAACGGCCAGAAACUCAAAAGCAGCCAUAGUCACGCUGCCCACGGCUCUCACACUCAUCUUCACAGCCACAGUAGCAAGCCGCCAGGACUUGGGGCUACCUCCCUGGCACACAUGGCGGGGACCAUGCCAGGUGGCACAUCCCUGGGCAUCUCCAGGGCCGCCGAGACCGCCAUUGGCCACGGCUCAGCAACAAUGGGCCGCCCACUGGCGUACAGUUCCAACACAAUCGCGGCUGGGCAUGCGAUGGGGCUGGGGUUGAAGGGCUGGGACGGGACUGAGACGGUGGGCCGGAGAAAGACCUACGGGCACAAGAGGCCUCAGUGUACCGUGCUGGAGCCGAACCAGCUCCACAGCACCAGAGGCCACAGCCACAGCCAACACUUCCUCCCCACACAGCCCUACUUUGUGACCAACAGCAAGACAGAGGUGACUGUGUGAGAGAGGAAGAAAGGGAGACAAAGAGUGGGAUAGGAUGCAUGUGGAGUGGUGGCACAAGAAAUCUCUGAGUGGAGACGUCAACUCCUGGGGUGUUCAGAGGUGCAGAUCUACAUAUGUGUUUGUGUGAGGCUUGUUGGUAUACUGUGUCUGGGUGGGUUUCUCACUUCAGAGUUCACCAAUCAUAUCACUCAAUAGACCUUUAUUGUCAAGAGGAUGGCGCCCAAAUUGGUGGCAUCUGAAACCAUACUAACUAAGGGCCUACAGAGCAGGGAUGUCUGUACACUUGUGGUGACAUUAGAGUGUUGUCUCAGAGCUGAUAGCCACUCUGAAAUGAUAAUAUCUGAGUAAUACGGUGUGACUACACACAGUGGGAAACUGCUGAUAUGAAUGGACUGGCUUUAGGGACCAAACCUGAGAAGCAAUAUAAGGGAUCAAGUGUAAAGCACUGAAGCAUCGUGGGAAAGGAGAAUUACGGCAGGUUUACCCACAAACCUUGCAACAAGAGGUGUGCUCAUCGGCCCAACAAAGCACUGAAUGGCUUGGAAGAAAUAACAUUCUCUCAUGAUUCACACUCAAAUCUCCCGAGGGCUUUGAAGGAGACACACAUGAUGAGGGCACUCGGCUUUGGACUGCAGACAUGCAGGGCUUUGUACUGUGGCUAUUCAGAAGCGCCUUCAUAAACUCUGCAGCUGAAGGUCGCCCCCUUUUCCGCAUGGCUCCAACAUGGAGAAUGGAGGCUGUCGCAUUGAUAUUGUUCUGUUCUGAUCUCGUCUGUGUGGUGACAGCCAGCACAGAGGAGGGAUAAGGAGGCAGGGAGGCAACAUCUGGGUGAUGCUGCAGCUAGCAGAGGCUCUUCGGAGCAUCAUGCUUAUACACACAUUAAGAAACAUACAGACAGAUUUUCACACACACAGAAAUAUAUACUGUAGAAACACCACACACAGGGUCUGACUGAUAAGGGUUUUUUAUAGAGUGAUAGCGGUAAUUACGGAAUUUGUUUGCACUUGAAUAAUUUGAUUCAGUGUUUCUCAUUAAUUAAAUCUUGUCAGUGAAUUUAGAUCAUCAAAGUAAUCAAAAACUCUUUUAUGAGCCCUGAAAAUUUUAAAAUGUAGAGAUGGCAGCUAAGUCAGAAUGACAGACCUUUUCCAAUCACUGACAAGGUGCAGUUUGUGAUACAUAACUGCUUUUAAAUUUAAAAAAAAAGACAAAAGAAUUGCACACAUUUUGAGAGAUAUGCUUUCUUGCCAAGCAUUAGAUAAGAGGAUUGAUGCCACUUUUGUGUCUGAACGUUAAAAAAUGAUGCUACAGGCAGUGUAGCUCAGAACAAAUACUAGAAACAAGAGGGGAACAGUUAGCCUGGUUCUGUGCAACAAUAAUGAAAUUUGCCUACAAGCACCUCAAAACAUCACUAAUUAAUAUGUUACAUCCAGUUUGUUUAAUCUGAAGCUGAAGUGUAAAAAAAGGACAUCCUGUGGUUUUGAAAAGGGUUAUGUGCCAGACUAACUGUGAAGUAACUUCACACUAGGUUGCCAGGCAACAAACUGUUGAACUAUUCCUCUGAAAGAAUAAAUAAAUUGUGCAAAAAAUAAAUCUGUUUAAAUGUAGCUAUGGUUAGGAGGGCCUUGAUCAUGCUGGAAGUGGACAAAAUGACUUUAUCAGAAAUGUGUUUGAUGUAUUUAUCAGUUUGAGGUUAACACAUAAAAUAUGUGCAACCAUACAAUAUCCUACUAAGUGGACCAAAUGUGAGUUCUCACCAUGUUGUUUUUGCACAGAUUUUGUAUAGGAUGUUAUACUUGAUUAUAAUUGACUUUGAGGCAAAAAAAAGUGCUGUGAAAAGUGGGUGUAACAGGAAUUGGAAAGACACAUGUUAAGACACUGCCACAAGAAACUAGGCUUGACUGGAUCACUCACUGUACUCAAGCUCUAGCUGGAAAAAGGAAACAUUACAACCAGCUGGAAAAAAUCUAUCUGGGUUACAUGACUCAAACAUAAAAAUAAAUCCCUAAGUCUGACAAAUAGGCCAAAUCUUCUAAGGGUGUCUCCGAGCCUCUUGGCUUAUUUCUUUUUUAAAGUGAGAUGUUAGCAGCUGCAGCCACUGUUAUUUUCAAUUUGUCAUUUAAAGUGCUGCUUCCCGCUCUAUUAAUAAAAGAUGGAGUAUGAACCUUUACAUAACUUUCCAGUCGGUCUGAACGUCGACCUUUGCACCUCAUUUUGGUUUGGUUUUGAGACUUUAAAAAAUGUAACUUGUGACGGGACACUGACAGCAAUCAUGGGCACUUUUACUAAAGUGGGUAAGACAGCAUAAAAAGCAACAAAUUCUCACAGUGAAAGUAGGUUGUGGUGGUGAAACAUUGGACUUCCCGUGAGUGAACUGCGCAUUUCAGGUGCAUGCACAUGCCUAUGAUUGGAAGGGGCUUAGGAGAGAGAAGGUUAGUUUGUUUGCUUGUUUUUGCCCUUUCCAGAUAGCUGCCUGCUGCAGCUUUAAGUGAAUUAAGAUGAUCAGCUCAUAAUAAAAAUAAGAAGCAUUUGGUGUAAGUGUAAACUCUCAAAAUCUGUGUGCAGACCCAACUGAAGCACAAACAGUUGAUGAGUGGUUCGGACAGCACCACACUAACAAAGACAGAUUGUGCGGACAUUUGUGAAUAGAGAACAAGCAAAAAAAAAUUCCACUUUUAAGCGUAAUAAGACAAAGAGGUGCACAUGACAAUCUGGUGAGAGACACUGACUUAUAGCGUGUAUACCAGAGACACAUUUUAGUUCCAGAGCUACACACAGUUUGGGUACACUUUGUUACCUGCCUGCAUGUAGAUUCGAGGCACAAAGGGGAACCCUAAUACUACAGCUCCUAAAUCAAAAAGCCAGAUGGAACAACUCAGCCAGCUGAGUGUGAGAUAAGGGAGAGUAUAAGGGGAAUAUUCUUGCCUCAUGCUGUGGAACCUCCUGCUCCUUCAAGGGCCGCAUGGCUGGAAACCUGAGACCAGAUUGAAGGCAUGGAACAGGAUUUAGGAAGUCUUCAGAGCAUUAAAAUGUGUCACCUAUACACCCACACCUGAACACAUGCGCGCACACAGACACACUCACAUGCACAGAAUAUAUUACAGGGUGGACUCUGCUUUUUCUUGUGCUCCCACAGUGCCGAGCGGCAGGUUUCAUCGCAGCAGAGAGACAAAGAGUCAGUACUGUUACUGCGCCUGUUGUACAUGAAAGACUGUGAAACUCCAGACCUUGGCCCCUUUGUAGCGAUAACUGAUAUUAUGCUUUUUAUAUAUAUAAAUAUACAUAGCCUUUCUCUCUUUAUCUAUUUCUUUUCAUCCUUUCUUCUUCUACACUUCUUUUCACCCUUUUCUUCCUCUUUGCUCCCUCCAUGUCUGAAUGGAAGACCUUCAGAGCAGAAAUAUCAGAGAGGAACAAAAACACGGGGCUGUGAUUAAUCUUUUCUCUAACUCUGCCGUACAGUUAUGAUGAGACAGUGAGUAAUAAUAGUAAUUCACCUCCACCUUGAAAGACAAGAUUGGUUUCCCAAUGUGCAGUGUUCUAACAGAAAAUAUAAGUGAUUGAUUGAUUCAAAAAAAUGGAAUUCAGUUUGUGUGUCCUCCUGAACACUGCGCCCAUUUCACUGUCUAUAAAAUUGUGUACAUCCAUGUGUGUGUGAAACCAACUUUGGUAUAUGAUUAUUGUCUCUGAAAGAAAUCAUAACUCAAACAAGCAUACCAAACAAAGUCCAUCAUAUAUAAAUGGGAUUUACAGUCCCAUAAACCUAUUUGGGUCCAAUGAGAAUCCUUUGAAGCUUUUGUCUUUGUUUUCUCUCCUUCCUCGACAUAUUUGCUUUCUCCUUUUUCUGACAAAUGGUGGUUUUGUUUGUGACAGAGUUGAGAAGCAGGUCAAUGUUUGCUGGAUGUACAUUAUCAGACCCAAUUGACUUAAUCCAGCAAAGCAGAAAUGUGGAAAUGAACCCUCCUUGCCAUCUCCUUUGCCUGCCCCAUUCUUAAAGCCCAUUCAGCUCUGCAAAAGCAGCCACUGGAACAAUUGGUAAACAGGCAGGACAGUGGAAACAUUUAGUAAACAAAGCCAAUUAUACAGGAAAAAUAACCUUCAUCACUCACCGUAACAGUCAAAAUAAACCCCAUAGAAAGCGAGGAAUUGGUUGCGCUGGCUGGGUCACGGUUGAUAGGGUCAGGGGCACAGAUGAGUGGGUUCUGGAGGCAGUCGUGUCUGACAUUUUUCAUCAGACGAGUCUGUCGGACAAAAAAAUGCCACAGAGAAGACAAAAGGACACAGGUAGCGAGCAGGAUCCAAACAGCCGGUUCAGUUGCAGAGCCAGCAGGAACGGUGGAGCCGCGAGUCUUUAUGUUCAUUAUUUAUUGAGCAGAUAAUCUGGGAGACUCUUGUUUUGCUGCAAACAAUUUAGCACGUAAAUGUAGUGUUUGAACUCAGUGGCUCAACAUUCUGUAAUAUUAAAGACAGCACUUAAAACUGCAAGAUUUAUGGUUAUCGGUUGAUUCACUUAUGAGGCCAAAUUACUGCAUCCAUAUUUUUCAUGCUAAUUUUAAGUUUAGGGAACUUUGGCGUGUGAAUUUGCACUGCUGUCCAGCAGCAAUCCCUUACUGUCUAAAAUGGAGGAAACUAUUGUUGCUUAUUACCUGUGAUAUACCAUUCACUCUUCUGAUGGCGUCUUACCUGCUCCACAACAGAUGAAAGGUUUAAGGCAGGAGUUGAUCCCUUUAGCGAUCAAGCGUACUUACAAGCUUUUUGCUGCUUCAAUAACUCUUUGCUGAACUGAUGUACUAUCCUGUAAACAAAAUGCCAAAGGGGAGUAAACAGUCCAGCGAAGAGAAAGCAGUUAGAAACUUGGAGAGCGGUUGUGACUUUUAGUUCCAACCAUGUUCUUGACUGGCUAUGUAUGCUAACUAGUCUAAACUUCUAGAACUGCAUAUCUCACAAAGAUAACCACCGGACUUUUGUGUUGCCACCUUACAGUGUGCCCAGGCCUUUAGUCAGUCACACCUCGCAGUAUAAUGCCAGUAAUCACCUUCACCUUUUAAACUUCUUACUGCCAACCACCUACCAUGACACUGCCAAAUGAGGUCCAGCCUUAAGGACGAACACUCAGUGUGACCUCGUUGCUCUGAACCACCAAAGUCCUGAUUGCCCCGUAGGUCCACUGCCUGCCACAGCUUAAAGGUUGUUCUCUUACUAUUUUUUCCCUCCUUCCUGCCUGAAUGGAAGUCAAAUGAAGAGUGGAGGUGCAAUUGACCUAAUUAUAGUAAUCACACCCGAGGUAGAGGGUGCAACGGUUCACUGGUACAUUGAUCAGCAACAGCGGCCAGAACAGGAACCAGGCCAGUCGAGCAUGCAGCCUGAAGUCAUGGGGAGUUAAUGCUUGCCCUGAAUAUGCUGUAGCCUUGAGUUAAUAAGUAAAUUUAUGAUAUAUGUAGAUAUAAUGUUUUGACAAGUUUUACACCCAUAGUUUCUGUAUUAAUUAACAAGUGGGGCCACAAUAGAGACAAAUGAAGUACGUUUUGUAAUAAGUGACAAACUAAAAUGUAAAAUUCCAUCAUCUUGGGUGUACUUGUGUAUUAAACAUCACAGAUUAGUUCAUUUGGUGGCACAACCUUGCUAGCUUGCGCUUUGCACAGUAUGACUUUAGGGUUAUAAAUACAAAUUAAAAUCAAAACAAAUACGAUUUCUAUCAAAAGAGGCAUUUUAGCACCAUUUCAGAAAUAUUUUCUGUGCAUACCGAGUGAUAGUUGCAGAAAACACCACAAGGGAUGUACAGCAAUGAUGAAAAGUAAAGCCCUAUUUGCAUGGCACUGUGAUUACCUGGGGACUUCUAGUAGUUUGUCAUCAUUGUGGAGGUCGUCUGUAAACUUUAAUUCAGUGUGCAUCUACCAUGUCUGUCAUUUCUAAAGUACAAAUUCCACUGCAAAUUACCUUCCAAAUUUCAUCAAAUACAAAGGUACUGUAAUAUUAGUUCAACAUGAAUUGCUGUGAUUCAAGGUCAUUUUAAAAGAUUUUGAGAAGGUUUUUUUGUUUUCUCCACACCUGUCUUUUGCCUCUUCCCCGCUCAAGAAAUAUGGAGGCGUCUUUGGCAAAAACAAAUGAAAGUUUGGAUAGCAUUUUGGGUACAAAUUUCAGGGGCUCAUAUUACUACGCAGCAUGAAGGCUCAAUUGCAGAGAGAGCAAUUCCAAAUCCAACAGAGGAGUGAACUGUCAUUGCUGGUCCUAAUGAAUGCACCACACGAAACACAUACAUGGGGUCCCCAGGUCGUACUAGUUCUGUAUGAACGGGGCUUAAGAUCUUAGAAAUCCUUGACUGCAUAUUAGCUGCUAGCAGAGACAACAAGUUCAACAUGCCUCUAAUUCAUUAUCCAUGCUGAAUUAACCACUAGCAGUCAAGGCUGAUAUCUUUUUUCUAGAAAUUGGUCAUGUGAUAAGAACAUAAGAAGUCAAGGGAAGGACAUGUAGUUUUCCAAUUAAUACAGGGUAAACAGUGUUUGAAAAAGUCUCAGUUUUAGGGCUUGUAAACUGCUGAGUAGAGUGGAUGCUAGAUGUAAAUGUAGCAAAAGUUAUGCGCUUUAAAAUAAGAGCGGCUACUGCAACGGCAAUGAUCCCUCACUGGCUUCCCACCUGCAGAACACUGCCAAUUGUUCUCUUCCUUAAACCAUCCUUUUAGUCCUGCACUCCUCUCCCUGCCAAAAGCCACCAGCGUUCCAUUAUUGUCGCAUGGCACCAACGCUGCAUGAAGCUAAUUUAUCGAUCUGCCCACAGCCAUCAACAGGCAGCAGUGAUCACAUUAGGACAAUCUGAACUAAAUGCAUUGAGCUGAUGUUGAGCUGGCUGGUGGGACUGUGUUUCAUGUGUCACAUUAAUAAAGGCACAAAAGAAAUGCAACCAGCAAGUGUGGCAGAUGAGCGAGACAAAUUCACCCACCUUCCCACUCACAAAAUACACAGACAAGUGUUAGCAGUCACUAAGCUAAUAAUACAAAAGCCUGUGCUCCCACCAGCACACGGACGAUUCAUAGAGAGACAGAAGCAACAGAGGUGACAGAGAAAGUUAGUUAGAUGAGAUGCGAAUGGGAUAUGAGAAUGGGGAUUGUGGUCUUAUAACUUCCUCUCUCAUGGUUUGGCCCAUUAAUACAAUAAUCCAACCCCAUUGGAGAAGUUGGCCUGAAACCAAGCUGUCCUUUUCAGCAGAGCAGCCAGCCGAUGCCAGAAAACCUCGCAGUGGAAUAUCUCCAGGGAAUAUUCAAUAGGAGACAGAACAGGAACUGUACUGGGACCAGUGGCCAGGAGGCUUUAUGAGUUCUCACUGUGGUCUUUAAUCACCAAACCCAGAGAAACGUGAGGAGGCGCUUUGGUGCUGCAACAGGGAUUCCACAGUCCACAGUGGGACACAAUACAGAAGUUAAUGUCAACAGUUGAUAGGCAGGGAGCUUUGAAUCACUGAUAUUGCAAAAUGUUGGCGGUGCAGUCGCAAGAAUGCUAACAGUUCCGCUUGGAAAGCUAUGAAUCAGAGACGACUGUUGGCUCACACACACAUUCACACACACAAAAACUCCUUUGUCCAGUUAUUUCAUGUUGCAAAAAUGUUGUGAACUCUAUCAGAUCACCUAUUGCUCAGUAGAAACUCAAAUUAAUCACAGAUUCCUCCAAACAGAUUGGCUAUUUCUAACAUGCUCUGGAACUUUUUGUCUGCUCCUGUUGUAAUUUUUUUUCUUUUACACUCUCUGUCCUAUUUAAGCUGAAGAUGUGAAGCAUGGAUUGUUUUCGAUGUCAGUCUGAAUCAGGAAAAUGCUGUUGUCUGUAAAUAUUCAUUUCAUGGUGGGGAAGUAGUUAAGACAGUUUCCCGUAAUUAGUACAGAUCAAAUGCAGUAUACUCUUUUCAUUGAAGAAAAGACAGAGCAGCGUUGUCAUGAUUGGAAGAUGGGAUACAGUUGAUCGGAAUGACACUAAAGGGCUCAAACACAAGCUACAUUUCUCGCAGAUUUUCCUCCACUUGUUUCUUUUCUGUCCUUUACCGUUGCCUGGACUUGAUAGCGUUGUAAACGUUUCAGCCACCGAGGAGCAGUGCGAUAAAAAGAAAAAUCCAUAUAUCACUAUAUUAUCAAAGGGGUUCCCAUCACCUGUGUUUACGAUUUUGUAUAGCAUCAAUCUUUAUGCGCGAUGUUUUCACCAAUCCGGAGCCGCCUACUUAUGCACACUGAGACGGAGGAGAUGCUGUGUUUGUUGUCCAGUGACGCUAAACAUCUGUUGUUAUGGGGUUUGCUCCAAUGGUGUGCUUUAUAUGUUUGGUUUUUUUAUCAUGAGCCCAUAUUAAAUAUACUUACCGGAAGGACUUCAAUGACAGUGGAUGUGAAGAAUACUCUGGUUUAUGACCUCUGCUAUGGUCCAGAGCCAAGGGAUUUUCCAUUACUUUUGAAAAAUCAAUAAGCUAUUUGCGAUAUAACUACUAUCCAUUAGCGAGCAUAUCCUUUUAUAGAAUAACUCAUUGAUUAACUCAUUUUGGUGUUAAUCAUGCAUUACAUACAAAGUUAUAUGAGAUCCAAUUUUCUAUUUUUGAUGUCCAGACCAGUUUGUGGUAUUUAUGCAUAUGUGUAUAUGGAUACAUAUGGCCCCAACACUGCAUUUAUGCGUGACUAGUAAGGCAUAUUUUCUAUGGUAGAACCCAUCUCCCACUAUUGUUUGCACAGUAGCUUAUAAUAUGCACCGUGAUGCCCCAUUGUCCUCUUACUGUUUACUGACUUUAUAAUUUGUGACAUUAAGUUAUGAAAAAGCUGUAUUUUGGUACUAUUCAGAUAUUGUUAAAUAAAAAUAAAAAAAAGAAAUAUAGCAGACGUUUUGUCCAAGAAAUAUAUUACCAUAGUGUUGCUAUGACUGUCUGUUUUCUUUAUUUUGGGGAGGGAUGAUAGGGAUAUUUUUGUUCUUCUUUUGUUGUUGAUUUGCCAUCUGACAGUAUAUCACCAUUGUUCUAUAUACGACUUUCUUACGUGGCAAUAAAAGAUGACUUCUGUAAAA